AUGGCGCAAAACCGCCCAACAGCGGCUUUCAAUACCCUCCGGAUGGGAGAGGUCAUCCGUGAGAAGGUACAAGAUGGAGUUACCGGUGAAACAAGAGACCUUCAAUAUACGCAGUGCAAAAUUGUUGGCAAUGGCUCCUUUGGUGUUGUGUUCCAGACGAAGCUCUCUCCAUCAGGCGAAGAUGCAGCCAUCAAGCGUGUCUUGCAAGACAAGAGGUUCAAGAACCGUGAACUUCAGAUCAUGCGUAUUGUUAGACACCCCAACAUCGUACAGUUGAAGGCCUUUUAUUAUUCCAACGGCGAGCGAAAGGACGAAGUCUACCUAAAUCUGGUGCAAGAAUUUGUACCCGAAACUGUCUAUCGAGCUUCGCGCUUCUUCAACAAGAUGAAGUCGACUAUGCCUAUCCUUGAGGUGAAACUUUAUAUCUAUCAGCUCUUCCGAGCAUUGGCCUACAUUCAUUCUCAAGGAAUCUGCCACCGUGACAUCAAACCGCAGAAUUUACUGCUGGACCCAAACACGGGUGUGCUCAAGCUAUGCGACUUCGGAAGUGCAAAGAUUUUAGUUGAGAACGAACCCAACGUUUCGUACAUUUGCUCUAGAUAUUACCGAGCACCCGAACUCAUUUUUGGUGCUACCAACUACACCACCAAAAUUGAUGUCUGGUCGACUGGAUGUGUGAUGGCCGAAUUAAUGCUGGGUCAGCCUCUUUUCCCAGGAGAAUCUGGCAUCGAUCAAUUGGUAGAGAUUAUUAAGGUACUGGGAACUCCAACGCGCGAGCAGAUUCGUACUAUGAAUCCGAACUACAUGGAGCACAAAUUCCCGCAAAUCAAGCCUCAUCCGUUCAGUAAGGUGUUCCGUAAGGCGGACGCAAACGCUCUAGACUUGAUAGCGAGGUUGCUAGAAUACACGCCGACAGAACGUCUUGGGGCUAUUGACGCAAUGGUGCAUCCGUUCUUCGAUGAGCUGCGGAAUCCCAACACGAAGCUCCCGGAUUCGCGGCACUCGAGUGGCCAAUUAAAGGAUUUGCCGAGUCUAUUUGACUUCUCAAGGCACGAAUUAUCCAUUGCGCCGCCGCUGAACCAAAAGCUUGUUCCUCCCCACAUGAAACCGAUCUUAGCAUCGCGCGGUCUCGAUAUAGAUAAUUUCACCCCCAUGGCGAAGCAAGACAUGAUGGCGAAAUUAGACUGA